GCGGAAAAAACACUGACAGAAAGAAAUAGAGAGGGGACGCUGACGCAGACGGGGAAGGGGAAGAAGAGGAAGAGGGAACUGGGACUUGCCGCCCCCGCCUCCGCCAAAUUCCCCACUCCUCCGCCACCGCCACCACCCACCCCUCGCUCCGCUCCGCCUCCUGAAUCCGGCGUCGCCAAGCAACCCCACUCCUCGUGCCGUUCCCAGAACCCUACUGGACCAAUCCGUCCGAUUCCCAGCUGCCGGCUUCGCGUCUGGAGUGCCGGAGCAGGGGAGGGGAGGAGGAUCGGAUCGGCAGCCGCAGGAGCAUUGAGCGAUGGCUGCCGUGUAGGAUGCAGCUGGACUCCGCCGGCCGCCGCCUAGCUGCUGCUGCUGUUGCUGAAGUUCCGAUGCUUCGGCCGCCGCGAUCCUAAUAGGAGCGGAGGGUGGAGUACCGGUGGAGUGGGCCGGGCGGCUGGUUGAUCUCCGUGAGCUCCAGCGCCUGCGCACUGGGAGGUGGUGAGGUGCUUGCCAGAGGCGUAUGGAGGAGCCUGGGAGGGAGGGGGACUCCCCCGGGCCGCCGUGGGCGCCGAGCGAGUCCUCAGCUUUCCAGGCGUUCGCUGCGGCGGUGGGGGAGCGGGCGGAGGCGUCGCCUUCAGGCCCGGGCAAUGGGGAUUCCGCCCGCUCAAGCAACCUUCGCGCCGUCAGGAAGAGACCUUUUGUUGCAAGAUUAACCACAGACAUCAUCCAAACUUUUGAAAAAUGCAAUCCUGAGUUCAAGUACUCAGAGUCACUAAACCCCAAGCGCUUUCUCACCAAUCCUGCAGUUCCUGUUCACAACGAUGGCCUCGACAAUGCAAAUUCUGAUCUCAUAUUGUAUGUCAACCUGGAACUAGUUAAUAAAAAGUCAAGCCGGAGGUAUGUUGUCCAAGAAAUGCUUGGCCAAGGUACCUUUGGACAGGUUGCGAAAUGCUGGGAUGCAGAAACUAACAAUUAUGUUGCAGUGAAAGUUAUAAAGAACCAGCCUGCCUUUUACCAGCAGGCUAUCAUGGAGGUCUCUUUGUUAAGAUUGUUAAAUGAGAAAUUUGAUCCUGAUGAUCAACACCACAUUGUCCGGAUGCUGGAUUUUUUCCUCUGCCAAAACCAUUUGUGUAUAGCCUUUGAAAUGCUCGGUAACAACCUGUAUGAGCUGUUAAAAAGGAAUAGUUUAAGAGGUUUGCAGAUGAAAUAUGUUCGAACUUUCUCAAGACAGAUAUUGGAUGCCUUGAUUAUCAUGAAAGAUGCUGGCAUUAUUCAUUGUGAUCUAAAACCAGAAAACAUCCUUAUAGCUUCAACUGUAAAAACAGCAGCUGGAGUGAAAGUAAUUGAUUUUGGAUCAGCGUGCAUGGAGGGUAAAACCAUUUAUUCAUAUAUUCAGAGCCGUUAUUACAGGUCUCCAGAAGUACUUCUUGGUUAUCCAUAUACUACUGCCAUUGACAUGUGGUCAUUCGGCUGCAUCGUUGCUGAGCUGUAUAUAGGGCUGCCUUUAUUUCCUGGUGCAUCAGAAUAUGAUGUUCUUUGCCGUAUGAUUGAGAUUAUUGGUGGGCAACCACCAGAUGAUCUGCUACGUGAUGCGAAAAACACUGGGAAAUUUUUUAAGCAUGUUGGAAGUAUCUUUCCUAGUAGUGAGGCUCGCAAUGGCGCUAGCAGUGCAUACAGAAUUUUAAGUGAAGGCGAGAUCGAAGCAAGGGACUCCAAGAAGCCGAAGGUAGGGAGAUGGUAUUUCCCUCGUGGAAGGCUUGACAGACUGAUAUAUACAUACCCUUGGAAGAAUUUGAGUGAGGAAAACUUGGCAGAGACAGAAAAGGCUGAUUGCUUGGCAUUGGUUGAUUUCUUGAGAGGACUUGUUGAGUUUGAUCCUAAUAAGAGAUGGUCACCGCUGCAGGCCUCAUAUCAUCCAUUCAUCACUGGUGAAGCCUUCACUGGUCCUUAUGAGCCUGUCCAGGAGACCCCACGAAUUCCUGUUGGUCGUGCUGCAGUAGUUGACCACAAUCCAGGAGGAGGUCACUUGCUGGGUGCUGGUCUUUCUCCUCAGGUUGGAAGCAUUAACAGAUGCCUACGAUUUAACAAUGCUUUGCAACCAAAUAUGCCGUUCUCAUAUGGAAGCAGCUGUGGCAGUUUUGGUAGCCAUGGUAGCUUUAAUGAUAAUGCUGGCAUCAGCUAUGGAAGCUAUGAUUUUAACAGUGUCAACAUAUAUAAUUCGCCGAUGGAUCCUUCUGGGUUUAAUUUACGUUCACAACUUGGAGGAUCAUUUCUUGGAUCUAGUCCGGAUAUUCGACGAAGACCUCAUCUCUCACAUGGUGGUGGCAUUCGGUUAAGCCCUGGUGGUCCAGGGCAUAUGUCUCUUGGGGCCAGUCCAUCACAAUUUACACCGCCAAAUUCCCAGAUGCAAAUCCCAACAGGUCCUAAUGGAAAGUAUGGUGCCUCUCCUUCAAGAGGUGGACAUGGCUCCUCGUUGGGAAAGGUUGCUGCUGUAGGCCAAUACAAUAGGAGGAGGAACCAGGGUUAUCCACCUAUGCCAGUGCCACCACAUGAACACACAUCUCAACUGAUCCAGGGACACCAAGGAGAUGGUGUCAGUACUGCUCGCAUUGAUGCAUAUGGCCGAGGAAAUUCUAGUUACCUACACAAUGCACUCCCUAAUUCUAGUCAUUAUAGCUGGAGAUCUCAAAGGGGAUUUGGCAGUGGUUUACCUUUGGACCCUUCUUCUAGUCAUGGUUCUUUUCCACCCACCAAUUACAAUGGCUUUCCUUUACACUCCGAUGCGUCAGCAGAUGCAUUGCCCUCCACCUCAUCAGUACCAGAUCCAGCCGAUUGGGAUCCCAACUAUAGUGAUGAGUCGCUCCUGCAAGAGGAUCGAUCAUUGUCAGCUGGGUUAAGUGGUCUUCACCUGAGAGAUGCAAGUGGCCAAACAAACAGAUCUAGCAGAUUGGCACCUAUCCAAAGUCAUGAUAUUUUAAGUUCAAACCCUUCGCCUUUGAAUCAAAGAAGUGGACACCUAUUUCAUGCAUCAUCCCUGGGAGAGAGUACACAUAGUCCAGGUCAUGUCACAUUGGAUGGUUACAAACAUGCAAAUUAUUCUCAGCAAAGUUUCCCAAGCUAUCGUGGACAACCAUUUCAGCAGUACAACAACAUGACUUCCAGUUACAUCCAUCCGACGAGGGCUCAUCACAAUGGUCAACCUGUCUGGACUAAUUAUAGCCUGACAGAACCUCCACCCACUACCAUGGGUGACGGAAUGCCCUGGGGAGGGAGAGCUGGCCAUUCAUUUGCCGCGAGCGGGCUGCCACCUACCGUUAGGAAGGAUUUUGGAAGGAUCUUUUAGUCCUGAAUCUGGAGGAAUGCGGAAUGCCACCAAAUUGAUGGCAUCAAUUGUUUGCAUUUGCAAUGCCAGGUUGGAUUAUUUGCAGGGGUGGUUACUGGUUUUGCAAUUUGUUGUGUUCCUCCGAUCUCUCUCCCAGGAUGUUCGAUUCAAAUGAUUAUAUGGUAUGGUAUGGGAUAUAAUUAUAGUGUUCGUUCUUUGCUAUACCUGCACGAUGCAGUAGAAAGAAGUCAGCUGUGCUCCUUGGUACGAAUCUUGCUAGUUCGAGGCUUGGGACAAUUUUUCUGUCUCGGUUAUUGUCUUCUUUUUCUCUUUUCUAUUUUUUGACAGAGAGGGUUCAGAGCUAAGUUCCUGAACCUAAACAUGGCUAAGACUGAAGUGAAAGCCAGGUGGUCGUGGUGAUAUGUUUUCUUAUUUCGUGAGACUAGAGGGGGCGAGUCUGCUUUUAAGGUUUUCCGUUGUUUUGCUACAGCAGGAGCAGGUUUUCUAAGGGCGUCUGUGUUCAGUAUGUCUGAUAUCUCUAGUUAUAUGCA